UUGUUUCCUGGUGAAAAAGCAACAAGACGGUGCCAGCCACAGACAGGUCAUGAGUCCGGUCUUCCUGCUGGUCCUCCUGGGGGUUACCUUCCCACUGCCAGGAGGGCAGGCGCUGGUCUGCCAGCUGGGAACAAUUCAUGGUGUGUGGAAUGUAUCCGUGCUGCCCCUGUCGUGGACCCCUAAGGAGACCACCUGCGCCGGCGGCUGGGGGUGCCAGGACACGCUGGUGUUCAUAGAGAGCGGACCCCACGUGAGCGUGGUGCUCUCCAAGGGCUGCACUCAGGCCGGUGACCAGGCGCCCCGCGUCACUGAGCACCGGAUGGGCCCCGGCCUCUCCGUGACCUCCUACACCCACGUGUGCCGCCAGGAUGACCGCUGCAACAACCUCAUCACCUCCGCCCCGCUCUGGGCCCCGCCGCCACCAGCAGACCCAGGGUCCCUGAGGUGCCCAGUCUGCUUGUCUCCGGAAGUCUGUCUGGAGAGCACAGAAGAGAUCUGCCCCAGAGGAAGCACAGACUGCUAUGAUGGACUCCUCAGGCUCACAGGAGGGGGCAUCUCCUCCAAUCUGAGAGUCCAGGGAUGCAUGAGCCAGCCAGGCUGCAACCUGCUCAAUGGGACCCGGGAAGUUGGGCCCGUGGGUAUGACUGAGACCUGCAGUCCCAUGAGGCAUCCAGAGCCACAGCACCAAAGCCGGAAGGGGAAAGAUUUUCUGACCUGCUAUCGAGGUGUCACCAUUGAGAAGCAUAAGAACUUGAGCCAAGAACCCACUGAAUGGACCACAACUAACACCGAGACUUGUGGGGCUGGGCAGGUGUGUCAGGAGACGCUGCUGCUGGUAGAUGUAGGACUCACAUCAACCCUGGUGGGGAGCAAAGGCUGCAGUGCUGUUGGGGCUAAGGAUUCCCAGACGACCUCUAUCCACUCACGCCCUCAUGGGGUGCUCGUGGCCUCCUAUUCCCACUUCUGCUCCUCCAGCCUGUGCAAUGGAGCCAGCAGCAGCAGCGUCCUGCUGAACUCUCUCCCUCCUCAAGCUGCCCCUGUCCCAGGAGACCGGCAGUGUCCUACCUGUAUACAGCCCUUGGGAACCUGCUCAUCUGACUCCCCCAAAAUGACCUGCCCCAGGGGUGCUGAUCAUUGUUACGAUGGGUACAUUCAUCUCUCAGGAGGUGGGGUGGUCACCACAGUGAGCAUUCAGGGCUGCGUGGCUCAACCUUCCGGCUCCUUGUUGAACCACACCAGGCAAAUCGGGAUCUUCUCUGCGCGUGAGAAGGGUGAUGAGCAGCCUCCUGUCCCUAAGCCCCAGGGAGGUGGGACCGGGGGCUUGGAGUCUCUCACAUGGGGGCUGGGGCUGGCGCUGGCCCUGGCGCUGUGGUGGGGGAUGCUUUGUCCUUCCUGCUAACUUCAUUUCCCCUAUGAUUGUUCACCCCUGCUGACCACCACACCCAAGCAUCCUUCUGACCUCAUACCCUCAUGGCCUUGGACACCAAAUUCUUUUCCCAGCCUGUCCAUGAAUUAUCUUCCCCCCACACAACCAUUCACGUCUGCUCACCUAAUAAAGACACUGGGGAGGACCCGGAGCAGCCGGACUUGCCCUAUGGGAGAGGGGACAUUGGAGGAGUGGCUGCAUGUAUCUGAUAAUAAAGAGCCUGUCCUUUC